GAGAGAUUGGUGGGAACAAAAACUGUAAACAACUCCACUCUAACUGGUUUUUCAGGCUUUUGGCGUACGAGAAGUGUUGAGCAAAACUGCUUACGACGAUCACGGUAUUAACAGAUUCCUGUUUUGGAUGUGGUCUCAAAGUUAGGCAAUGGAUAAUUCACAGCCUCAGUCAGGGGGCCACAUCUCCAGGAUUUCAGUUGGAGGCCAGGCACCGGCAGCAAAGCCUGUCAAUCCCAUUGGAUUUGAGCUGCAGAACAUGGAAGCAGGUAACAAUGGUGUCUCACCUGUACCUGCAGAAACUCCAGGCUUGUACCCGAAGGUUGGAGAAUUCUCGGAGCCCGGCAACAUGGAAAACCAGCAGAGACCAGCUCCCAUUGGGUUUGAAGGAACAGAGCAUGGUGUUAUUAAUGAGGGGUUUCAAGGGGAUACCUCUGAGUCCAGGGGUCAGCCAUCAGCUGUCAAAGUCAAUGAUGGAUUAAAUGAUUCAUCUGUUGCUCUAAUUGGAAUGCGACCACGAAACCCAGAAGAGGGUGAAGCUGGUCCAUUGCCUCAGAAAUCGGAGAAGAAGCCUGUAGAAGUGACACAUUUCUUCAAGGAUGGCAAACGAAGAAUUGAUUUUAUUCUGGCUUAUGAUAAAGAACAGAGUGAUCCGAAAAAGGUCCAAAGAAGAGAAGUGUUUGAGGAUAAUUUACGGGCUGAAGGCUUGGACCUGGAGAAAGAAGAGAAAGAGUUUUCAAAGGACAGUACAGUGGUGUUUAUCAAGAUCCACAUCACGUGGGAUGUGCUCAUUCGGUACGCGGAGAUCAUGAACAUGAAGAUGCCGCUCCAUGAAAAUGAUUUGGUGGAUUCUGUGACAACUUGUUGGUCCAAAUGUCCAACACCGUUUGACUACGACAGUGACAUUUUACCUGAUAUGCCCGACUACUUCACAGCGGCUUUCUCAUGCGACAGAGUUGACCAAGGAUUGUUCAUCAUCCAAGAUAAAGACACUUUUUUUACACCUGCCCAGAGAAGUUUGAUUGUGUAUCAGAUUCUGUCCAGAUGUAUCUUUGAGGAUUUAGGGGACAAGAAGAAAAAUAAAUUUGGUAUCAAGAAACUUCUGUCUUCAAACACAUACCAGUCUGCUUAUCCGAUCCAUGAGGGAUAUUAUAAAAGUGAACAUUCUUUACUGACCAGAGGAAAAGAAAAUGAUCGCCAUUUGCUCUACAUGACAUGGGCACGGCCAGCUGCAUGGUACAAAUUCCAGCCAUUGGAUCACAUCAGGAAAUAUUUUGGUGAAAAGAUUGCAAUCUACUUCACGUGGCUAGGGUACUACACCGGGCUGCUGAUCCCAGCUGCUAUUUUUGGACUGGUUGCCUUCUUCUACGGAUUGGGAUCCCUGUGGGGAGAUCCUUCCAGCCUGGAUAUCUGUAAUGCCAGUGGGCAGGGAAAUACGACGAUGUGUCCGCUGUGUGACAAGCGCUGCUCGUACUGGCAACUCAAGCGAAGUUGUUUGUACUCCAGGAUUACCUACCUAUUUGAUAACGAAGCUACUGUGGCAUUUGCAGCUUUCAUGGCAUUGUGGGCGACUUUCUUUCAUGAAAUGUGGAAGCGAAAACAAGCAGAGAUUCAGUAUGACUGGGAUGUUUCCGACUUUGAGGAAGAGGAGGUAGUUCGUCCUGAGUAUGAAGCGUCGGUGACGAGAACGAAGGUCAAUCCAGUAAAUCAGGUUCCUGAGCCCAGUUUGUCUUUUUUCAGUCGAUUUCUUCGAUUGACAUCCUCAUUGUGGGUUGUACUCUUCAUGCUCUGUGUUGUGGUUGCUGCCGUGUUUGGGGUGAUUGUGUACCGAAUCACAGUGUCCGCUCUUCUGUUCGGCAUUGGUCAGGAAGACAUCUCCCAGCGAGCCUCCAUCAUAACAUCUGCCACUGCUGCCAUGAUCAAUCUUGUUAUCAUCAUCAUUCUCGGUCGGAUUUAUUUGGUGAUAGCUAAAAUGCUGACCAACUUUGAAACGCACCGAACCCAGACAGAGUGGGAAGAUAGCUUCACGCUGAAGAUGUUUUUGUUCCAGUUUGUCAAUCACUAUGCAUCACUGUUCUACAUCGCCUUCUUCAAGGGAAAAUUGAUAGGAAGACCUGGUAAUUACAACCGAGAUAUCUUGGACACCAGACAGGAAGAAUGUGAUCCGGCCGGCUGUUUGAUAGAACUCUGUAUCCAACUAGGCAUUAUCAUGGUUGGUAAACAGACUUUCAACAACUUCAAAGAACUUAUUUGGCCGAAGGUGAUGAACUGGUUCAAAUCUCGGAAUAUAAAAUCCGAGGAAAAGAAGCAACUGCCUCAAUGGGAGGAAGACUACAUCAUGACAGAAAUGCCUGACCUGGGACUGUUUGAUGAAUAUUUAGAGAUGGUCUUGCAAUUUGGUUUUGUGACGGUCUUUGUUGCUGCAUUUCCCCUGGCUCCAUUGUUUGCUCUUCUUAAUAACAUUAUUGAAGUUCGACUGGAUGCAUACAAAUUUGUUACAACUUGGAAACGACCAUUAGCUGCAAGAGCACAAGAUAUUGGAGUCUGGUUUGGAAUCCUGAAGGGAGUGUCAACAAUUGCCAUUUUCUCUAAUGCUUGCAUCAUAGCAUUUACAUCAGAAUUCAUCCCGAAGCUGGUAUACAAGUACGGUUACAGUAAUAACAAUUCUCUGGAUGGUUACAUGGCAUGGAGUCUCUCCAAAUUCUAUGUGAAGGACUUUGAGCCAGAAAGUGUUCCAUCCGAUAACAAGACUGAUGUAUUUGGAGUGGUUACCCAAUGCUUCUACAGAGACUAUAGAGACCCAUCCUCAGAUUACCACUAUUCUGUGGCAUACUGGCACAUAAUGAGUGCAAAAUUAGCUUUCAUCAUCGUAUUUGUCAUCGCUGUUGGGUUCCUUUCAUGGCUAAUUGCUUUCUUAGUACCAGAUAUACCGAGGGAGGUGAAGCUGCAGAUUCUGCGAGAGAAGCACUUGGCAAAGGAAGCCCUCUUCAGUGCCAAGUCGACAGCCAAGCUUAGGCAAGACAGAGAUCCAAGCAAUAGCUAUUCCACUACUGCUGGUGCCGUGUCAGAACAACCACUGUACUAGUGGACGGCAACAUUCAGCUUUCACUUUCUUCUUUAUCAAGUAGAUAUAAUUAACAUGACGUUUCCAGCUGUAGCAAGUCUUACAGCUAACCUUUGAAAUAUCAGAUGUUACUAGCUGUAGCAAGUCUUAAAGUUAACCUUGGGUAUAUCAGAUGUAGCAAGUCUUAAAGCUAACCUUGGAAAUAUCACGUUACCAGCUGUAGCAAGUCUUCAAGGCAAACCCUGUGAAAUAUUUAACAUAGCAAGUCUUGAGGCAAAUUCUGUUUAGUGGACAUGAGUUUGAAAAGAUAUCUUGUGCAUCCCUGCACAUUGUUAAUCCCACCUAAACUCACCUGUUUGGUAUAUGCUCAGGACGAGAAAAAUUGCAGUAUGGUGUUAUACUUAACAGCAGUGGCUGGUGACAUUUGCAACUUUGACAAAUUAUAUCAUUUAUUCUUUUCAAAUAUCUACUGUACAGUUAUUAAUAAACACCAAGGAAUGUUUUAUUUACUGUAGCUAUUUAUGGGUGUAUUAAAGAGUUCUUUUGAGUGACCCCUAUAUGGAGAACAAAAAUGUUAAUUUUGAUCAGCUUUCAUCUGUGAAAUACAAUGUUUAAAAAUGUGAAUGCUUUAGAGUUUUAAGUGCUCUGGUAUCUGGAGACAUGAUUAACCUAACCAUGACAAUUCACUUGGCAUAAUGGGUUUUUUUUAAAACUCUACAUGUUUUCUGCAACUAUACAUUUUAUUAAUGUGUUUUGCUUGUGUUUCACACCACCAUCAGAGCAUGAUCAUUGGUAAUCAUGUAAUCAUGUAAUCAUGAUCAUUGGUAAUUUUGCCAUGUAUACCUGUAACAUGUUUCCAUUUACAAUGUGGGAUGUUUUAUGUGCGUUUUACCAAAGGGCAGUAUAUAACACAACCUUUGAUUUAUCAGUCCUGGGGAACUGGUAGGGAUUGGGGAGGGGGUAUAAAACAGUGUAUCUGCUAAAGAGGUUGGAUCCUACCCUAGACAUUUUAUAAAUGCAUUGAUGUCUCAUUUACAGCAAUGUGUAGGUACUAUACUGCCUUCCAAUGUCUGAAAACACGAAGUGAAAGUAAUGUUAUAUGGAAACAUAGCUUUUGGCAUUUGGCAGAUUUUCUUACCAUAUUUUAACACUGUUCAUCAAGACAUGAGAAAGAAUGCCUAGCUAUAAUAUUCUUGACAUAGUACGACAAAAAGAUAAACACUUUUUACAAAAUAUAACUGAAAAUAUUUAGAUUUUUUUUUUCUUUUUUACAUGUCAUUUCAUAUAUUAAAAAAAAAAAUCCCAAGUGUUGUCAGUUGACUGUUAUUUAAUGCAAAAUUCAGGCUCUGGUAUGCUUCCCAGGUGUCUGUUGCUGUGUAACACUACAAUACAUGCAUCUGUUUAUGCUGCUAUUUCUUUUUCUUUUGUCUUCAGCAAUUUCUGGCAUAUUAAGCUGAAUGAAAAAGUAUACUGUUCUUUUUUGUCCAGAUAUUUAGUUGAAAUUUCCCACCAAAUGCCUUAUACAUUUAGCUGAUGACUACCGUCUUUUGAUCAAGGCAGCUGGUAUAUGGCUAACUCAGGGUUCUGAUUGCUUCUCAUUUCCAACAGUUGUUUAUUGUAUUCUGACUAAGCUGCUAUCUGGCCUUGCAGUCUUAUAUCAUCCUAAUGCAACAUACACAGCUUACGUAAAUUCUUGUGUUUUGACAAUUAACAAUUGUAUAUAUAUAUAUAUAUGUAUGUAUGUAUAUAUGUAUAUAUAUAUAUAUAUCUUGUUAUGACAAAGGACUCUUGUUAUCAAGUUUCAUGUUUGUUUUUAUUACACUAAAAAGUGGAAAAGGGUAUUCAGCUUUUUGAGCACCUAUGGCAAAUUAAUAUGUUUUAUGUAACGUAAAUAAGUGAUGGCAUAUACAAAAUAUUUUUAAAUGGUGUGUCGAUGGAAGAAAAAUGAUAUAGAUGAUGGAUGAUCUACAGGUAUUUCUAAAUAGUUCUUGAGAUUGCAGCUUUGAGGUGCCUUUUAAAGACAAAAUGUUUCAAGGCAAAGAGUAUAGUCCUAGAAAGUGUUUAAGAAAAAUAUGCACCCAGCCUGAUUGGCUUGAAAGGGAAUAUGUUACAUGUUGUGUUUGUGAGCAUAAAACAUUAAAUAAUGUUGAUAAUUUGAUGGCCCUGUGAUAAGUCAAGAAUGUGUUCUUAAUAAUUUUCAGUUCGUUUUCUAUUAUUCUGUGUCGUACCAGUAGAUUUAUUACAUGUCAAUCAUGUUCAUUAUUGUAUGUUGAAUCUUUUGUAAAUGUGAUUUGUAUGAUUUCAAAUUUUUGUAAUUUUAUUAACACAAUUAUGCAUUAUAAUUUAGUAGAAAACAUUGAGUGCAAAUGUGGAAUAGCAGUGUCUAUUAUAAUCACUAGAGUUAUUAAAUUGUUAUGGUUUUUCAUCACCUUGUUCGAUAAUUAAACACAGAACUUCAUAGAGCUGUUUUCUAUUCUCUUAGCAUGGUUCUUUUAAAACACUGACCGCACUGUCAAAUAUUAAAUAAAACAACCGGUGCCUGUGUAACCUUUUGCACCAAAUUGUAUUUCCACUACAUAAAGAAAAUAAUUGCUCAACAUCUUAUAACACAUGUAUUUUUAUUUCCUUUUUGGGAUCCGAUGCCUUUAUAAGUGAAAAAUGUAUGAAUUAAAAUUAUCUAUAAAGAAAUGAAUGUGUAGUAUUAAAAUGAUAUGAAAUGUGCAUGUACAAACUUGUAUAACCAGUAUUUUUACUUUACACUUAAUGUAUUAAAUAUUAGAUGACUGGUAAUAAAUGUUGUAUUUUAGGGUACACAAAACU